AUGACGACAAUUGAAGUCAAGUCUCGUUCCAAAUCGAUAAAAUCGUACUCUUCCAAUGAAUUGACCACGGACUCGUUAGUCGAGGAGUUGAUCGACGAGCUCAGCGCUGAUAAUCACCUUUCUAAGCACAGACUUAGGUUAACUAGAUUAGACCAAAAUGGUAAACAAGUUCCGUUAGUUGCCCAUCAAACUUUUGCUCAAAAUGGUAUUCCCAAAAGCGAAACGAACAUCCAGUUAUACGUGAAAGACUUGGGUCCUCAAAUCUCGUGGAGAACCGUUUUUUUGGUUGAAUAUUUUGGACCUUUUAUCUUCCAUCCAUUGUUUUAUUUCGUUCAAUCAUUGUACAAUGUCCCACCAUUCAGUCAUACCAAGACCCAGAAACUUGCAUAUGCUAUUGUGUUAUUACACUUUGCCAAGCGUGAGUAUGAAACUUUGUAUGUUCACAAAUUUUCUAACGCAACCAUGCCCAUUUUCAACAUUUUCAAAAAUUCAACGCACUACUGGAUCUUAUCCGGGUUUAACUUGGCAUAUUUCGUUUAUGGUCCGUCUUUUGGCUAUACAGGUUUAAUGAGUUUUGUGUUUCAUGUCAAUGAAUUGCCUAGCUGGGUUACUUACUCUCUUAUUGCAGUAUGGGCUUUUGCAGAGAUUUCAAACUACAAAACUCACAAGAUAUUAAGUCAAAUUAGAGAUCAAGAUGUUAAGAGAUAUGUUAUUCCUCAUGGUUACGGUUUCAAUCUUGUUUCUUGUCCCAACUAUUUCUUUGAGUCCUUGUCAUGGCUUGUGUAUGCAUUGUUGGUUGGUAAUUGGGCUGCAUGGAUAUUUUUCUUUGUUAGCACGGGACAGAUGUGGCUUUGGGCCGUAAAGAAACACAAGAGAUAUUUGAAAACUUUUGGAGACGAUUACAAAAAGUUGAAAAGAAAGGUAUUUAUUCCAUAUAUUUUGUAA